GGCAACAACCCCUGCUCCGGACCUCUGAUCCGCCCCGCACCCCCCGCGCCGCCAUGUACGACCCCGAGCACGGCUGGAGCCUGUCCUUCUCGGGCUGUGGCUUCCUGGGCUUCUACCACAUCGGGGCGACCCGCUGCCUGAGAGAGCGCGCCCCUCACCUCCUGCGCGACGCGCGCAUGUUGUAUGGCGCCUCGAGCGGGGCGCUGCACUGUGUCUCCUACGUCUCCGGGAUGUCGCUGGACCUUAUUCUGCAGGUCCUCAUGGAAUUAGUCAGGAUGGCCAGAAGAAAGAACAUUGGCAUCUUUCAUCCGUCCUUCAACAUGACCAAAUUUUUCAGAGACAAUCUGAACAAAUACCUCCCGGCCGACGUCCACAAACUCAUCUCCAGCAAAGUCUGCAUCUCGCUCACCAGAGUGUCAGAUGGGAAAAACGUGUUGGUGUCUGAUUUUCAUUCCAAAGAUGAAGUUGUGGACGCCUUGUGGUGCUCCUGCUUCAUCCCUUUCUACUGCGGCUUUUUCCCUCCUACCUUCCGAGGCGUGCGAUACAUAGAUGGAGGAGGGAGUGAUAACCUGCCCUUAUCUGAUGCCAAAACGACCAUCACUGUAUGCCCCUUCUACGGGGAGUAUGACAUCUGCCCUAAAACCAGGUCCACGAACUUUCUUCACGUGUGCUUCAACACCUUCAAUAUUCGCGUCUGCUCAGCGAACAUCUACCUUAUGCUCAGAUCACUUUCCCCCCCAGAUCCCAAGGUGCUUGGAGAGCUAUGCCUUCGAGGAUAUUUGGAUGCGCUGAGGUUCUUGGAAGAGAACGGCAUCUGUGACAGGCCCCAUCCGUGCCUGCCAUUAUCCCCAGAAGACAAGGAGUCGGAGGUCACUGGGCCCCACCGGGAAAACAUGAGCCUGGAGUCUUCCCUGGGGCCAGCUGCCGUGGAGACGGGGCUCGAGGGGGAUGCGCUGCUGGACCACCUGCACCUCAGCAUCCUGUCCUGGGACAAGAGCAUCCUGCCCUGGGACAAGGGCAUCCUGCCGUGGGAUGAGAGCAUUCUGGGGACCCUCUCGCCCACGCUGACUAUAGCACUGAGCAAAGCAAUCAAAGACAGAGGUGGAUACAUGAGCAAGAUUCGCAACUUCUUACCAGUGAAGAUAAUGUCCUACGUGAUGCUGCCCUGCACGCUGCCUGUGGAGUCUGCGGUCAUUUUUACCCAGAGACUGGUGACGUGGCUUCCCGACAUUCCUGAGGAUGUGCGGUGGCUGCAGUGGGCGACCUCGAAGAUCUGUGCGCGAGCGAUGACGUGUCUGCUCCCCACUUCCAGAUCCCAAAUGCCAGCAAGCGGCCCACAGGCCUCCCCAGGCAAAGCGGACAGGACAGGCACUUCGGGACCCCCUGCUUCGCUUAGACCUGGAUGCUGUCCCACGGGCCGUCCAGGAGGCGCCGAAGCUGAGGCCACUCCUCAGUCCAUCCUCAAGGCCGGCCUGACCCUCUUCUCGGGCAACAGAGUGUCUGCCGGGUGGAGGGCUCUCUGCCUUCCACUUUCCACUGGAGGAGUUUCCGAGUCAUCUGAGGAGGGCCUAGCCCUUCCCGAUCCUCGUGCAGCUGCCCCUGCACUGCUGUGUAACGACCCUGCCUGUGCCGUUAGGAGCCCAGCCUCGGUGCUGAAUCUAUAGUUUGCCGAAACCAACGGCAAUGGGUUUGGUUUUAUGGAAAGCUAGGAAGUGACCUUUGAUAGUGCGGAAGUCCGGCACCUAAGGAAAUCCAGGAUUUGAGUGUCACUAAGCUCAGUGGGUUGGGAAGUGGCAGUGAAAGCCCGGCACAGAGGGUCCGUCACCAGCUCUGUCUCACAGCCCUGUCAAUGGUGGGACUGUCCCAGUGCGAGGUUCCUAGGACGGCAGGGCCCUGUGGUCAGGGGCUGGGCUGGCCCUUGUGCAAUCUGGGUGGUGGGAGGAAGAAAGAAGC